AUGGACAUUGUGAACAUUAACGAUGUAGAUUCCUUGGCUAAAGUUUUAAAGACCGAAGAAAAUUUCCAAAUGAGGUCUGGUUUAGACCCAGUUAUGGAGGUUUUUGGCAGAAAUGUUUCUGGGGUUAUAUCAUGUGAUUAUAACGAGUGGUAUCCAGAUCGAUCAUUGCUAUCGCCGAUGUUUUUACGACCCAAAGAAAUCAAUGAAAGAAUAUCCAUGAUCAAUGCGGUGGCCAACGACUGUGUUGAGAGAUUACACCAACUUAGAGAUCAAGAUGGAACAAUAAACAACAUUGAAAGGGAACUGUCUUAUUGGAGCGUUGGGUCAAACUAUUCAUUUCUUUUUAAUCGACGUCUUGGCUUCUAUGAGAAACCACCAGAUGCAGAUGCUCUCGUGUUUUUGGACGCGGCUAGCCAAUUGAUGCAAAACAUUGGACGUAUCCUUGAUAUGGGUCCAUUUUACAAGUAUAUACCAACACCAGCAUAUUAUGCAGCAAAGAGAAAUAUAAAUACAAUGUAUGAGUCUAACAUCAAAUUGUCCAAAAAAAGAGAGGCGAAGAGUGAGGAAGACGCGAGUGAGAAAACAUCUGUUGCUGAUCAUGUGUUUGAAAAACGGAAAUCGACAGAAGAAACUCUCGCCUUGCUUGCUGGUUUAAUGGCGGCUGGAGUUGAUACCAUCAGCUGGACAUCUUUGUGGCUCCUUUACUUACUCUCUCGCAAUCCAGACAAACAAGAGAAACUUUAUCAGGAACUAAAACUUUUUGAUUCUGAAGAAGAAAUACCCGUUAAUAAGACCCCCUCGUACAUCAAAGCAGCUUUGAAAGAGUCGCAACGCCUGCACCCAGUCGCUCCAUUUUUAUCUCGCGUACUCAACCAAGAUAUCGAGCUUCAUGGUUAUCACAUACCCGCAGGUGUAAGCAUCAUGUUCCAGAACCAUUUAAUGUCGAUUGAUGAGCGCAAUUUUGGCGAAGAUGCAAAACAGUUUGUGCCAGAACGAUGGCUUCGUGAUGUAUCAACUGGAAGGGUGAAAGGUUUUGAUCCCCUCAGUUCAUUGCCAUUCGGUCAUGGAGUGAGAAUGUGUUUAGGACGGCGAGUAGCAGAGGCAUAUAUCUACACGUUAAUGAGCAAGAUUUUCAUGAAAUAUAGAGUAGAGUUGUCUAGUAAACAGAAUGAGGUGAAUCCGACCUUGAAGGGAGCCUUUAAUAGACCGGACAGAGAAAUUUUAUUCAGAUUUCUAUUGAGGUAAAAUAUUUAAAACGCAGUAAUAAUUUUUGUUUAGCAAUGAUGACCAUUUAUGUUCAUCAGAUUUAGAGGCCAAUAUUUAAUCAUAAGACUUUUAUAACGUAUAUUUGCAUGUAGAAUUGCCCGAUCUCGUAAAAUCGCUGACCGUGAGUUAAAAAAUUAAUGAUAUUCACAUAUUAUGCCCACUUUUGCAACCUUAUAAUUAUGUAUAUCGUAGUCUAGCAUAGUUUUUUUUUAACCUUGGGCUUGGCGCCCUCAACAAAAUCUUUAAGAAAUUUAGUAUACAAGUGGGGCAAUUGCCAUUCAUUUUUUAGAUUUCAAUAUUUGUACAGGAUAACCACAUCACUUAUCACUUAUAAAAACUGCUAUGUAUGUAAGCUAUGUACACGGAAGCUUUGUAUGUUCCAAUUUAACCCUUUCCUGACAUAACAUAUCCUCUUGUUAGUUUAGCUCAGAGACUCAAGCUAUAUUAAUUCAUUUUAACAUACGGAUUGUAUCUAAUUUCCGGCGGCUUCGCUACACUUGUGUCGUUUAUUUAUCUGCAUUGCAAUCUAAAGUUGAUGUUUGGCUAUUUCGAUGGCGUUUAUAAUUCUACAGUUUAUAGUUUAUACUUGCUUCAUCGUGGUGUAGCUCGUUUCGAUACUCUUUGAAUUAUGAAAUGUAAAUCUUAUUUCAAUUGUUUAAAGUAUAUAAUACCUGCUGCACGCAUACAUAUCGAUAGGAAAAUAUUUUCCUGGGCCUGGGGUGUCGAAAACAAUUUUGCGACCGAGGGGAAAUAUUUUUCUAUCGGGAACGACCAAUACGGUAAAAAAAGCAUUAUAUUAUGCGGCGUUCGGUCGCAUUAUAAUUGUGUAGUCAAACUCAGCCGAAUGGUGACAGAAACAUAAUUCCAUAAACAAUCAAAACCUCGCGCGUUCGUUCAAUUUACCAAACUCGCUUCAAUUUAUCGUGAUAAUCUUUUGGUCCAGUCAUUUUGAAAUAAAAAAGUCAAAAUUUUGCGAAUAAAUCUUUAGAAAAGCAAAAUAAAUUCGCUUUCGUGAUUUCGGAACGUAUUUCACC